CUCCGCGCCAUCCUUUCUCUUCGUUCCCUCUCUCCCCAACACUCCUCUCCAUCGAGAUCUCGAGAGAGAGAGAGAGAGAGAGAGAGAGAUGGACUCCAAUGGCGGCGUUGGUUGGGGAAUCUGGGACCUCGCCGGCUACCAUGACACUGUAUCAACAACGGUGAUGACUUCUUCGGUAGCUGGUGCUGGUGAUGACCAUCAACUUCAUUAUCAGCAGCAGCAGCAGCAGCAACAGCAGCGGCGGCAGUUGACGAGCUUGAACUUGGGGAAGAGACCCUACUACGAGGGGAAUGGGAUCAUCGGAUCAUCACCAGUGAUGAUGAAGCGUGAAAGGCUUGGAACGUCUGCUUCGUUGUCAUCGUCGUCGAUGGCGGUGGUGCCGAGAUGCCAGGUGGAUGGGUGUGGGAAGCCAUUGAUUGAUGCUAAGGAGUAUCAUCGUCGGCAUAAGGUUUGUGAGAUGCAUUCUAAGGCUCCGAAGGUCGUCGUCCUCGGUGCUGAGCAGCGGUUUUGUCAACAGUGCAGCAGGUUUCAUGCGGUAUCGGAGUUUGAUGAUGCGAAGCGGAGCUGCAGGAGAAGGCUGGCAGGGCACAACGAGAGGAGGCGAAAGAGUAGCCAUGAAUCCAUUUGCAAGAACUCGUCUCUAGAAGGCACAAUGAUGGGCAAUAGAUUCCCAUACAUAUCAUCAGCUACUCCGGGUCGUGCUCUCUCUCUUCUGUCAUCCAAGUCUUCUCCUUGGAUUUCGACGUCCGAUCUCUCGUCUCGGUCAAGCGCCGCUCUUCGGGAGCUGAUAGCAGAGAACCGUGCAGCUCUCCUUGCUCGGCAAUUGUUCUCCGACCGCAAUGGCUGGCAAAACACAAGCACAAUAACCUCCACAACUCUCUCUUAUCUACCUCAACAACAUGAACAAAUCCAUUCCCAGGAACCAUCUCAGCUGACCAGCACUUGGGAUCACUUUCAAGAGACCGGAACUCAAGUAACACUAGACCUGAUGCAAAUGCCUGAUCAAUCUUUUGAGUUCCUUUCCGGUAGGAGCAGGAACAAGGAUCAAGAAGAAGAAUGCUGCGAUAUUUGGAAAUCUUUGGAAGGCACUCAUGUGGUAUGAGAACCAGAACUGAAACAAAACUAAGGUACUAUUUGGCCUGAGUCGCCUGACCAAAAGAGUGAAUAAACAAUGCACAUGAUGCUUGCACAUGUAGAGUUUAUGGUCAGAAAUGUUUUCAAGGAAGCUGCUGGGAAUUUCUCAUCUUUUAUUUGUCAAAGGUUCAGGUGAUGCAGUAAAGACAAAAAAACAGGUAACUCUCCUUUUUCUUUUUUUGCAAAUUUGGGCUAAAGCUUCUGUGCUUUCCUUGUAAUCUCUACACUUGGUAGCUAGUUCAGUUGGAGCAUUACCCUAAUGUGAAUAAUGGCUAUUGGUUUUUUGUCAUGAUAAAUUGUCCCACACGUGCACACACAGAAUCUCAUAUAAACUUUCCGGGAACUUUCCUCAAACUUUGGAUGGCUCUGAGUGGUAAAUAUGGUUGCAGAAAGUAAUAG